CCAGGCGCUGCACGCUGGGAGGAGCUUCGAGAUUUUUUCCCACUUGUUUCAUGACACUCUCCGGUGAAGACACGUUUGCACAAAGGAGAUAUAGGGGGACAGGUGUAAAGUCAGCCUUGAUCUAGCAUCUUCCAAAAUGAGCCCACCGGACAUAUCCAACAGCACGGGAGAAGACGAGGCUAGAGAAACCGAUCCCUUGUUUCUGCUUAACGACAGCAUGGGCUUGCACCAGCCUGGAUACCACACUGACAUCAUCAAGCACCUUGGAGUCCAGAUCAGCCUGAUCACAGCUUACUCGCUUAUCAUCCUGCUGGGGCUGCUGGGCAAUGCUCUCGUCAUCUACAUGAUAGUUCGCUACAGAAACAUGCGAACAGUCACCAACUUCUUCAUAGCUAACCUGGCCCUGGCAGACCUUCUCGUGAACACCUUCUGUUUGCCCUUCACGCUGGUUUACACUCUUCUAGAAGAGUGGACAUUUGGGGCUGUGUUGUGCCACAUGGUGCCCUUUGCCCAGGCUCUGAGUGUGCACGUAUCCAUCCUCACCAUGACUGUCAUAGCUCUGGAGCGCUAUCGCUGCAUCGUGUUCCACCUCGGAAUGCGGCUCACGUGGCACUCGAGCUUCCUCAUCAUGGCAUUCACCUGGACUGUGUCUGCUGUCCUGGCAGCACCCCUCGCCAUCUUCAGAGAGUUCCGCUACGAAGAGAUCCCGUCGAUCAACCAGCGCUUUCCCGUCUGCACUGAAAAGUGGCCCCAAGUGACCAGCAGGGAUGGGCUCAUCUUCAGCCUCUCAAUGCUCCUCCUGCAGUAUAUCAUUCCUCUAGCCAUGAUCAGUUACGCCUACAUCUGCAUCUGGGUCAAACUGAGAAAUCACAUCAGCCCAUCAAGCCGCAAUGACAGCAUCAACCGCCGCAAAAAGACCACAAAGAUGCUGGCGCUUGUGGUGGUGGUGUUUGCCAUCUGCUGGCUGCCCUUCCAUGCCUUUCAGCUGGCCAUCGACCUGGACCUGGUGCUCAGGCUCGAGGAGUAUAAACUAAUAUACACCGUGUUCCACAUUGUGGCUAUGUGUUCAACUUUUACCAACCCUCUCCUGUACGGAUGGAUGAAUAAAAACUACAGGAAUGGCUUCCUCAUGGUGUUCCGGUGCGAAGACAAGCCGGAUACUUUCCACCUGGAAGGCUCAUUCAGGACUCGCUCCUUGAGGAGGAUGACUCUGAACGGCCGUAACGGCGGACACCCUCCCACUGCUGUGUGACUUGAUUUGCACGUUUCAAGGCAUCUGUAGUAUAUGAACGUAUGCGCGCCCCUCUGCUCCGUUGGCGUUUGUCUUUCAAAAAGUAGCCUUUUUUUUUUUACUUUAAUGGUUUGAUCUUGAGUAUCUGUGUCACUGGAGAAGACCCAAAGCUUUGCAUGCAAAUUGCUUCAUGUGAAGUUCUUUUUCCUUUGCUAACAGCACUAGUAAAAACAACUAUUAAGAAAUGUGUUUAAGGUGUUUACUUAGGUGUUAUUUAACUAGGUACAGUGUAUAAUGUGUUCUCGUGUAAAAUGA